CCGGUUCUGCCGGUUUGAGCUGCCGGCAGGUUUAGGAUCUGAUCUGGGUUCUGUACAGAUGUCUGAUCCGGAGUCAGCGGACGGGAGGUCUGAUCUGGAGUCCCGGGCUCUGGAGGAGCUCAGGAGGAAGCUGAAGUUCUUCUUCAUGAGUCCGUGUGAGAAGAACCGAUCCGGAGGACGGAGAGCGUGGAAGCUCACUAUUCACAUCCUCAAAAUCACCAUCAUCACCAUUCAGCUGAUUUUGUUCGGGUUGAGUAACGAGAGGAUGGUGAGGUUCACAGAGGAGAACCUCGUUACCUUCAAACAUCUGUUCCUCAAAGACUUCCAGCACCGAAACAACGUCUACAGCAUUUACACCGAGCGCCAGGUCAACCACCACAUCCACCACGCCAUCAUGAGGUAUUUAACUCUUCAGAACGUGACGGUGGGGAAUCAUGUGAUUGAGAAGAUCGGUGGUGUUUUUACUCCACUGUCUCUCUGUCAGGAGUUUUAUCGGCAUGACAACAUCUCCCCCUCCACUGAAACCUUCAGCAUCGACCCGCAGGUGGAGAAAGAGUGUUUUCAGAUUCACCCCGUCCAGCCGUUCAACCAGCCGACGCCUCCUAACCUCACCCUGGACCUGAAACGGCUGUUAUCUGUGAAUAUAUACCUGAAUCUGAAGGCUAUUAACCUGCAGACAGUCCGGUUUGAUGAAUUUCCCGACUGCUACAAGUUUCACAUCACAGUGGAGUUGGAUAAUCGAGCUCGGAGUGGGCGGGUUAAAGUGUCUCUGAGCAGUGAGGUGCAGAUCAGUGUGUGUAAAGACUUUAACAUCUCUGGAUCCAAUGCUGUGAGUCACCUGAUGCUGGUGGUGGCGUUUGAUUCGCUGGUCAUCCUGACCUGCCUGCUCUCUCUCACCCUCUGCAUUGGCUCACUCAGAACCGGAGUCCAGCUGCUGUCUGAGUAUUCAAGGUAUGUCUCCGCCCACUGUGGGCGGUCACUGCGGUGGUGCGAGUGGGUGGAGUUUAUCAAAGGCUGGCACGUUUUCACCAUCAUCAGCGACACGCUCACCAUCACCGGAUCAGCUCUGAAGAUUUGCAUACACAGCAAGGAGCUGGUGAGUUACCGGUUCUGCAGUACUCUGUUGGGUACAGGUACGGUUCUGGUGUGGAUGGGGGUUCUGCGGUAUCUGGGUUUCUUCCAGAAAUAUAAUAUCCUGAUUCUGACCCUGCAGGCGGCGCUGCCCAGCGUGAUCCGGUUCUCCCUCUGUGCGGUUCUGAUCUAUCUCAGCUACUGCUUCUGCGGCUGGAUCGUCCUCGGACCCCACCACGAAAACUUCCGCUCGUUUAACAGGGUGGUGUACUGCCUGUUCUCCAUGAUUAACGGAGACGAGGUUUACUCCACCUUCCGGAAGCUGCGGGAGUGGAGCUGGGUGGUGUGGCUCUUCAGCAGGAUAUAUAUCUACACCUUCAUCUCCAUCUUUACCUACAUGGUUCUCAGCCUCUUCAUCGCCAUCAUCACCGACACCUACCACACCAUCCGGCAGCAGGAUAGUGUGGUGAUGUCGGAGGUGGAGGUGUUUAUAGUGAACAGUAGGAACGCUGCACCGCGUGAAACAGACGACCUGGAGAAAGAGGACGACCCUGUCGGCUGCUCCACCCUCUGCUGCUGUUCCCACUGACCUACACAGCCCCCAUACUCCCAUACUCCUACACCUUCACCCACACUCACUCCAACUCCCAUACUCCCACACCUUCACCCACAUCCACACCUACUACCAUACUCCCACACCUCCACCUCCACCCACACACACACCUACUCCCAUAGUCCCACACCUCCACCUCCACCCAUACGUCCACCUACAGACCUCUACUUACUCCCACACCUCCACCUGCAUCUCCACUUCCAACCACACCUCCACCCACACCUACUCCCAUAAUCCUACACCUCCACCUCCACCCACACUCACUCCAACUCCCAUACUCCCACACCUUUACCCACAUCCACACAUAAUACCAUACUCCCACACCUCCACCUCCACCCACACACACACCUACUCCCAUAGUCCCACACCUCCACCUCCACCCACACACACACCUACUCCCAUAGUCCCACACCUCCACCUCCACCCACACACACACCUACUCCCAUAGUCCCACACCUCCACCUCCACCCACACACACACCUACUCCCAUAGUCCCACACCUCCACCUCCACCCACACACACACCUACUCCCAUAGUCCCACACCUCCACCUCCACCCACACGUCCACUUCUCAACUUCAACUUCUCAAUUUACCUUUCUGCACUUUCACAUUAACUCAGGUCUCUAGAAAUUUAUACACGUCUGAGACACCUACACUCACUCCAUACCUACAGUAGGUGUUUCUAUUAAAGUGGCCACAGUGAGUGAAAGCACAAUGUACAUUAAGUGUUUCUAAUAAAAAGGCCAGUGUGAAAACUUA